UUUCUAAUCGGAAUGUAAACAAAGGUAACGCACAGGUAUGGAGGGUUAUAACCGGAAGUCUUCAUCACUAACUUCAAAAGCAGAAAAAGUUUUGUUUUCAUGUUACUAAUUGGUAUGACAGCUGUCUUCCUGCUGCUCGCAUCAGGCGCUACUCCGAGGCGAUGACACUUCCGGACUCUUUCAUCCAGCGCCAGCAGCUGGACGCCAGCAUGGCCGACACCUUCCUGGAGCACCUCUGUCUGCUGGACAUCGACCAGGAGCCUAUCACAGCGCGCAACACCAGCAUAAUCUGCACCAUUGGCCCUGCAUCCAGAUCAGUCCCCAAACUCCACGAGAUGAUCAAGGCAGGAAUGAAUAUUGCUCGUCUGAAUUUCUCUCAUGGUUCACAUGAAUACCACGGUGAAACCAUCAAGAACAUCCGAGAGGCGGUGGAGACGAUAACCCCUGACCCCUUGUAUUAUCGUCCAGUUGCCAUUGCCUUGGAUACAAAGGGUCCAGAGAUCCGCACUGGAUUGGUCAAAGGGAAAGUGGAGGAGGAGGUGGAGCUGGUAAAAGGCAGCCAUGUCCGUGUGGUGACAGCAGAGAGUGACAAAGACAAGACAGACGGCAAAAUAAUCUGGGUGGACUAUCCCAGCCUGCCCAAAGUCAUCAAAAAGGGAGGCAUAAUCUACAUUGAUGACGGCCUCAUCGGACUCAAAGUCAAAGAAACAGGCCCUGACUGGGUGGAUACAGAGGUGGAGGCCGGUGGGUUGCUGUGCAGUCGGAAAGGUGUGAACCUCCCUGGCUGCGAUUUGAUCGGCCUGCAGGCAGUUAGUGAGCGAGACGAGGCCGACCUGAGGUUUGGAGUGGCUCAGGGUGUGGACAUGGUGUUCGCCAGCUUCAUCCGCUCUGCCCAGGAUGUCAAAGACGUGCGACGAGUUCUGGGAGCACAUGGACGAGAUAUCAAAGUGAUCAGCAAGGUGGAGAGCCGGCAGGGGCUUCAGAAUUUUGAGGAGGUCCUGGCUGAGAGCGACGGCGUCAUGGUUGCCAGAGGGGACCUGGGGAUUGAGAUCCCAGCAGAAAAAGUUUUCAUCGCCCAAAAGAUGAUGAUUGGACGCUGCAACUCUGCCGGCAAGCCCGUCAUCUGCGCCACACAGAUGCUGGAGAGCAUGGUAGCCCACCCACGACCAACCAGAGCGGAGGGCAGUGACGUCGCCAACGCCGUGCUGGAUGGAGCCGACUGUGUCAUGUUAUCUGGGGAGACCGCCAAAGGACUGUUCCCAGUGAAGGCAGUCGCUAUGAUGCACUCAAUCUGCAGAGAGGCAGAAGCAGCCAUUUUCCACCAACAGUUGUUUGAGGAGCUGCGUCGCCUCACUCCUCUCUCCUCUGACCCCACAGAGGUCACAGCCAUCGGAGCUGUGGAGUCCUCCUUCAAAUGCUACGCUGGGGCCAUCAUAGUCCUGACCACCAGUGGCAAGUCAGCACACCUCUUGUCCAGGUACCGCCCCCGCUGUCCUAUUAUAGCCGUCACCAGAAGUCCUCAGGUGGCCCGUCAGUCUCAGCUGUUGAGAGGAGUGUUCCCCGUCCUCUUCCACCCUCUGCCUGCUCCUGUCUGGGCCGACGAUGUAGACAACAGGGUCAACUUUGGCAUGGACAUUGGAAAAGCCAGAGGAUUCUUCAAGCCGGGCGACAUGGUGAUAGUGGUGACAGGCUGGAUCCCAGGGUCUGGGCAUACUAACAUUAUGAGAGCAGUCAAUGUCCUGUAAAAGGUUGUUGUUAGACCAGUCCCACCUGCCGACCUGCCAUUGUUUAAGCCUCUUUCUAAUGCAGAUUUGUACACAUUUGACUGAAACCAAAGAAUUGUCAGAAUUAUGAAAUAUUCACUGUAAGGAAUCCAUUAACAGAAGCAUCUUGGCAGCAUUAUCGGUGUUAUUGAAACUGAGUAGUAAACCCUUGCCACCUGAACUGUUCUCAUGAAUGUUGAAUUGUGUUUAACGUGUCUUGAAAGCAAUGACUCCCUCACAAUAAAACUUGAACUGUUUAACUUUAUAAGCUUCACUAA